UUUAAUGUAUACGCCAGCACAAAACCCUAAAAGAAGCACAGUGGCAGUGCCGCAUGCGUAUCGUUCGUGCUCUCACUACCUGCGCGCUUUCUCUUCGCCACCGCGUAAUCUCCACUCAUCUUCUCCGCACUCGUUUAUUUCUAAAACCUUACACCGGAGCUCCUGUAACAAUGGCCGCCACCGCCGAAGACUCACUCCGCCAAGCUCUUGCUCAGAAGCAAUCGAGCAUCGAGUUCCAAGGCAACGCCGUCCGCCAGUUAAAGUCGUCCGGUGCUUCCAAGCCGGAAAUCGAAGCUGCCGUUCAAGCUUUAAACGCGUUGAAGCUCGAGAAAUCAUCCAUCGAGAGCCGGCUUAUAGCCGCUGCCGGCGGUUCGUCGUCCGCCAGCAGAGAUGCGUUCCGUCAGAACGUCGUUAACACUCUCGAGCGCCGUCUGUUUUAUAUUCCGUCUUUCAAAAUAUAUCGUGGCGUCGCUGGCCUUUAUGAUUACGGCCCCCCUGGCUGUUCUGUCAAGUCCAAUGUACUCGCCUUCUGGCGUCAGCAUUUUGUUUUGGAGGAGAACAUGUUGGAAGUUGACUGUCCAUGUGUGACCCCUGAGGUUGUCCUUAAGGCAUCAGGUCACGUUGAAAAGUUCACUGAUCUUAUGGUUAAGGACGAGAAGACAGGAACAUGUUAUCGAGCUGAUCAUUUGCUCAAGGAUUAUUGUAAAGAAAAACUUGAGAAAGACUUCAGCUUGUCUUCGGAAAAGGCUGCAGAGUUGAAGCACAUCCUUGCUGUCUUGGAUGAUCUCUCUGCUGAGCAGCUUGGUGCCAAGAUAAAGGAGUAUGGUAUAACUGCACCGGAUACAAAGAAUCCACUUUCUGAUCCUUAUCCAUUCAAUCUAAUGUUUCAGACAUCCAUUGGUCCAUCUGGCGUUAGCCCAGGGUAUAUGCGUCCUGAAACAGCACAAGGCAUAUUUGUAAAUUUCAAAGAUCUUUACUAUUAUAACGGAAAUAAGCUUCCCUUUGCUGCUGCUCAAAUUGGUCAGGCUUUUAGAAAUGAGAUAUCUCCUCGACAAGGUCUUCUCAGAGUGCGUGAGUUCACUCUGGCAGAAAUUGAACAUUUCGUUGAUCCCCAGGACAAAUCUCAUCCAAAAUUUUUGGAUGUUGCAAAACUGGAGUUUCUAAUGUUUCCUAGGGAUGAACAAGUGUCUGGGCAAUGUGCAAAGAGACUUCAGCUUGGUGAAGCUGUUUCUAGUGGAAUUGUCAAUAAUGAAACACUCGGAUACUUCAUUGGGAGAGUUUAUCUUUUCCUAACACGACUUGGAAUAGACAAAGAGCGUCUGCGUUUCCGUCAGCAUCUUGCAAAUGAGAUGGCUCACUAUGCUGCAGAUUGUUGGGAUGCUGAAAUUGAGAGUUCUUACGGUUGGAUUGAAUGUGUUGGGAUUGCUGAUAGAUCUGCAUAUGAUUUGCGUGCCCAUUCGGAAAAAAGUUCUGUAGCUCUUGUGGCUCAGGAGAAAUUCUCAGAACCAAGAGAAGUAGAGAAAUUGGUAAUAACACCUAUGAAGAAGGAGCUCGGACUUGCAUUUAAGGGCAACCAAAAGAUGGUGACUGAAUCCUUGGAGGCAAUGGAAGAAAAGGUGGCUAUGGAGAUGAAGGCUGAUCUGGAAUCUAAGGGAGAGGUAGAGUUCCAUGUAUGUACUCUUGGGAAGAAUGUCACCAUUAAGAAAAGCAUGGUCUCUAUUUCCAAGGAAAAAAAGAAAGAGCACCAAAGGGUGUUUACACCUUCAGUGAUUGAGCCCUCAUUUGGAAUUGGGCGGAUAAUAUAUUGUCUUUAUGAGCAUUCAUUCUACACAAGGCCAAGUAAAGGUGGAGAUGAGCAGCUAAAUGUGUUCCGCUUCCCCCCGCUAGUGGCUCCCAUCAAAUGCACUGUUUUUCCACUGGUUCAGAAUCAACAAUAUGAAGAAGUUGCCAAGUUAAUCUCAAAGUCUUUGACUGCUGCUGGAAUAUCACAUAAGAUUGAUAUAACAGGUACUUCUAUAGGGAAAAGGUAUGCAAGAACAGAUGAACUUGGUGUUCCCUUUGCCAUCACUGUCGAUUCGACAUCAUCAGUUACAGUGCGAGAGAGGGAUAGCAAAGAUCAGGUCCGGGUGAGCACGGAUAAGGUCGCAUCAGUUGUGAGGGAAGUGACUGAUGGAGUGAGCACAUGGGCAGAUGUGUUGAAGGUGUAUCCUCUACAUUCUUCAGGAACUGCAGAAGAGUGAUAUUAAAUGAUGGCUUACAUUGCAAAGGAGUGAAGAUGUUUUGAAGAUGUAUACUCUACAUUCUUGAGGAACUGCAGAAGAGUAGUAUCAAAUGAUAACAUUCAUACCAUUAUUAUCACUUCCAGAAAUUUUUAUCCCUUGUCCUGAAUUCAGGAAUUUUUGUAGACCUAUUUAACUGGGUUAACUUCUCUUGGCCCAAGGUUAAUUUUACUAAUUUUCUUACUCACUACUAUAAUAUCAAUGUACUCUGAAAUAAAUUUACAGGAUUUAUUGCUGUUGAGAGUUGACAAGAAUGGAGAGAGGUAGAACUAUUUUACUCA